CACUAUCUUUUCCUGCUCUGUGUGUGAUGAAAAAAUCAAAACGUCAAGCAGCAAAUUGGAUUUUGUGUACAAAAAAAAAAAAAAGAAUUUUCUUUUUCAUGGCUUUAGUUUUUCCAUCGUCUUGCAAAUUUAUAUAAAAAAAAAAUAAUUUUAAAAUAUAGUUUAAAAAAAAACAUAUUAAACUAUAAAAGUACUUAGUACAAUAAUAAUAAAUCAAUAAAAAAACCACAACUCAAACUUCAUCGCCCGCGUAUAUAUAAAAAAAAAACUUCAAUUGUAUUUUAUUAUUUUCCACACAAAAAUUCACACGAAAAGUUUUUUUUUUUUUGCGUUUUUUUUUAUCAAAAUUUUCUUCUCUAAAAUAAAUAAUUUUCUGGGGAAAUGUACAAAAGCAUUCCGCAAAAGUGGCGUUUGUAAGCGAUAAUUUGAGUUUUGAGCGUUAUUUCCUCCAAAAAAUGCAGCAAGUGGAUGAUCCACCAUCGUUACCCGUUGGAACGGAGGUUAGCGCAAAAUAUAAAGGAGCCUUUUGCGAGGCUAAAGUUCGCAAAGUAGUUCGUAAUAUAAAAGUGAAGGUCGCCUUCAAGCAUGGCCUUGGUUCGGGUGUUGUCUCCGAUGACGCUAUUAAGUCGGGGCAGCUUCGAGUCGGUGCGACUGUCGAAGUUAAGCAUCCCGAUCGGCGGGAGAAUGUCGAGGGAACAGUCAUGAAGAUUCAAGACUGUUCUCAGUAUACUGUUGUUUUUGAUGAUGGAGAUAUAACGACUUUAAGACGGACAGCGCUUUGUCUUAAAAGUGGUCGUCAUUUUAAUGAAAGUGAGACUUUGGAUCAGUUGCCACUGACCCAUCCGGAGCAUUUUGGGAAUCCAGUUGUUGGCGGGAGGAGGGGAAGGAGAUCGCGUCAUUUGCAUGACGAUAGUUCGGAUGAUGAUGAUGAAAGUGAUGCUAAGGAAGUUAUUAAUGAAAAAGAAGAAAACAUUGGGAAAGUUGUUUGCGUCGAAUCGACGGAUAGUAAGAAGAAGGAUAAGGAAAAGUGGUUCCCGGGAUUGGUUGUGUCGCCAACGGCACAAGUAACAGUUCGAAUUCGAGUUAAGGAUGAAUAUUUGGUACGUUCGUUUAAAGAUGGACGUUAUUAUACUGUCCCGAAGAAGGAGGCCAUGGAGUUUACUAGGGAACAGGCUCAUAAACAAGAUAAUGGGGCUGUGCAAGCUGCUCUGGAGUACUUGGACAGCGGUGUUCUACCCACCCAUUGGGAUCGAGAUUCACUCUUUGGACUAGCCAACUCCUCGAGUGAAUAUGAAGAAGUCGAUUCUGACAGUUCCGAUGAUGAACCAAGCGAAGAAAAGGAUCUUUUCAUAGCGCAACUAUACAAGUACAUGGAUGACCGUGGAACGCCUUUGAACAAGGUGCCAUCAAUUCAAAAUCGAGAUGUUGAUUUUUACCGUCUCUUCCGGGCAGUUCAAAAACUCGGUGGCUAUAACCGUGUUACCAGUCAAAAUCAAUGGAAGUCUAUAACCAUACGUCUAGGAUUCACCCCAAUUACAGUUAGUGUAACUAAUCUAGUAAAACAAGCUUAUAAAAAGUUCUUGCAACCAUAUGAAGAUUUUCAUAGAAAACUCGGUUGUUCAAUGCUAAUGACACCACGCAAUGCCAAUCGUACAAAAGGCCGAAGCUUAGUGCGUGCCAAUUCGGUGGCCUCUCCAAAGCCAGCUGACACAAACAAAGAGGAAAAGAAACCAACAAGUUCUUCGAUUCCAGGACCAUCGACUUCAGCUGCUGUUGCUGUAAAUCCUCCGCCAACUAACGAUGAAUCUGAGAAUACAAGUGAGUCGAGUGUAGAAGUGGUAACAGUUGCCAAGGCAGCUACCAAAAGGAAAUCAUCCGUUGGUGCUGGCAAAGUCAAGAGUUUAGUCGAGAAAUUCGAAGAGAAAGCCAAGGAGGAAUGUGACAUUCCUUUGGCAAAGAUUCAAAAAAGCAAUCAACGUUCAACUGAACGAAAGAGUUCAGAGACUCCCAAUACAACCAGAGAGAAUUCACCCACAGGAUCUGUUGGAGCAACAAAUAAAAAAGAAAAACAAAAGAAAAUACCAGUCGAAGAGAAACGAGGUCCAAAACCUAAGAAAAAGGAUGAAAAUCCAGAAAAGACAGAUACUGGUGACUUCCCCGUUGAAGUUGGUGACAAAUUGAAGGUUUAUUAUCACGAGAAAAAGGUCACCUACGAAGCUAAGGUCAUUGAGAUCUCUGUGACCCGUGGAUCGCCUCUUUAUUUAGUCCACUAUACUGGCUGGAAUAAUCGUUAUGAUGAAUGGGUCCCACGAGAGAGGAUCGCCGAGAACCUUACCAACAACAAACUCAAAAAGACUCGAGUUGGCGGGGCAUUGGACAAGGGUAAAGUUGAAAAAUCUGAAAACCCACCCAAACCACCAUCAGUUAAUUCCCCGGCAGCAGGGAAAACUCCCACUUCGUCUGUUAAGCGAGGUCGUGGUCGUAGUGACUCACAACCUCCUCGUUCCACAACACCCUGUUCAGUGGCAUCUAAUUCAAGUCGCACCAAAUCUCCAGCAGCCUCUAACGCACAGAAGAGAACUCCCAGACAAAUUCCCAGCGCAAUGAGACGCACCUCGAACAAUGUCUCGGAUGUUUCAAUGCAAACUUCAUCUGAUAGCGACUCUGAUGAGCCAGUUCGAAGGCCAACACGUGCCACACGCGACUCCAAAGGCAAAGUAACGCAGGCAUCUCGAGGAAAAUCACCAGCUUCCGUGACAGCUACUUCGGCAAAAUCCAACAGCGCUAGUGAGAGUGAAGAUGAGGAAGAAGCCGAUGACGAGGAAAUGCCUGAAACUUCAAAUUCCAGCGCCAAGGGUCGGGAUUAUGAUCUCAAUCAAAUUAGAUCCGAGUUGAAGGGUUUCCAAGAGCUAAAGUCCCCAACUUCUGAUCCGGAAACUGAUAAUCCUGAUCAACAAGACUCGAAAUCCGAGUCUUUAUUCGAUUUCAAGCCUAAAGAAGAGGAAUCUUCUGACCAAAAACACGAUGAGACAACAAAGUCCUCCGAUUCGGAUUCAUCUUCUGAUGGCACUGAUUCAUUUGCUGAUGAUGAUUCUCAGUCCUCAGAUAAAACAACAACUCUUGAAAAUAUGACAGAGAAGUUGCAAUUAAAGAUAAAUGCCGACAAGAAGGCUUUGUUAGAGAAAUUCCCAAUGGGAAAAGUUCCAGAAAAAGCAGCUCCAUCUAGAAUUGAAAAGAUCAUAAAGGAAUCUCUGGCUGAGAAGCGACAGGAGAGUUUGAAGGCAAAACCAUUUAUUGCUGAGGAAACCCUCAAAAUGCCGAAAUCCGAAGUUAAGCUGGAACCAAUUGAGUCGGUGUCACCUCCAGCUGAGAAGAAACCUUUCCCUAUGAUUUUAGAAUCUGCAACUAAACCAACUGUUAAUCUUACCAGAAUUGGAAAAUAUCCAGUUAUCAUUGAUAAACCCUUAACAAUUAAGGAACCACCACCAGAACCUGUUUCUGAUCCUCUUAAACUUGAAGAACCAACUGAUAUCAAAGAGGUUAUCCAAGCUCCUCCACCACCUCAACCAACUUCUGAUAUCUAUGAGUUUAAAGAACCAGAACCAUUUGAGUUCGAAGUUAGAAAAGCACCAACACCUUCUGCAGGAACAUCGGAUUCCAAGAAGAAAUCAGUGGUUGUUGCAGUUUCGAAGAUACAACCAGAACAGCCGACAGUCUCUCCAAUGACUUCUUCAUUUGGUAAAAAGAAGAAGGCUUCCCCAAUCAAGGAAUCACCUGAAAAACCGAAGCAACUUAAGACAGAAGAAAAGAUCUCUGUAUCUAGCCUUUCAGCAGCUAUGAGUAACUUGCUCACUCCCCAGAAAAAUGAAACUACCUUGUUUGAUGCAUUGAGGAAGUCACCGAGCUUUAAUUUGAACUUCAAUGCACUCCAUGAAGAACUUGCAACCACAGUGCAAGAAACUACACGAGCUCUAACUGAUGUUCCUCCUCCAGAGCAACUAACACCCACAAAGUGUGGCGAGGAACCAGCUGAUAGUACUGCUCGGGUUGUUGGAAGUCCAUUUAUUGAGACUACUUGUGAUCUAUCGAAUGUCUUUGAGCUUAAUCAAGAUGCUGAAGGCUUAACCAGCAGUGACGAGGCAAAGGAUAAUAAAUUUGAGCUUGAAAAUGUUAAAAUCCUUCUCUGUGAUUCAUCAUUCGAUUUGGAACCCAUCAAAGUGGAGAAACCUUCAUCAAUUGCUGACAAAGUGUUGAGAGCCAUCUCUCAGAAAAAGGAAGAAGAGGAGAAGAAUAAAUGUGAGGUCACUACGAAGCUUGAAGAAGUCAAGCCAAAGGAGCUUGUUAAAGAAGAGGAAGAGAUCAAGAUCGAAGAGGAUAAUCUCCCCAGCACCAGCAAUAGUAGCAGUAGCAAUAGCAGCAGCAGUGCCAUUAGUACUUCGCCAUUCAUCACCGAACCGCCAAAGAUUGAAGAUGUCACUUGCACUUUGGUUAAGAGUGAUUUUGAAAUACCAACCAAACGAUCGUUGCUUGCAAGUCCUGAACCCAAAAUUGGAAUUCUCGAGUCAAUCCCAGUGAAAAAUAAUGUUCUCAAUGAAACCAUACAAAAGCUGGAAUGUGCAAUUCAAAAGACAACUGCGGCGCCCAGUGUGGAUCAUUUUGUCGAAGAAUCAUCGGAUAGUAAUGAUUCGGAACAACGAUUGAUUAUAGAAGAUGAAGAGGAUCCUCCAGAAACUUCAAGAACAAUCACUCCGGUAGAAGUUAAACCACAACCAGUGGAAGUGAAAAAGGUCGUCGAGGAACCACCUAAACCUUGUGUGGUUGCUGUAGUUGAGGAAGUCGAAAUGAAGGUCGAUGAAGUCGAGAAGAAAGAAGAACAACCUCCACAAGUUGAAAUAAAACCAAUUGAAGCUCCUCCUCCUCCUCCUGUUGCUGUUCUUCCUGCAUCAAUUGUGAAACUAGCUUCGCCUGUAACUAUACAGCCGGUGCAAGUACUUCCUCAGCCUAAACUCCCGUCCCCAGUUAUUGUUAAGCCACUUGUCGUGCCGAGCAUCUUUAACCUCCCACAAACCUUUUAUUCGGAUCCAAAUCUUCAACCAGAAGAUGGUGUUAAGCCAAUAUUUGAUAUAAGACCAGUUGAAGUUUGUGCUUUGCAACCACCCGAAAGACCACAGCUCGAACCUGUCGCGAUAAUCGAACAGGUUGUACCCGUUCCACCGCAACAAGUUGAAGUUAAAAAAGACGACCAAGCAGCUGAGAGUUUGAAUUUACACAGUGAAUCAAUUAAUCUUCUUUUAUGCGAAGAAACUAUUCCCGGAAGUCCAUGUUCGAUGGUUGGCAAGGAUGUAUUAGAUCCGUUGGCCAUAUGUAGAGGUAACUCUCAUCCGACUGAGUCGGAUAUUAAACCAGUUCCAAUGGAUAUUGAGUGUUCGGCGCCAAUGAGUAAGCCCCCACCACCAAUGGAAGCUCCAACAAUGAAGCCAGGUCCAACUCCGAGCAGUUCGCCAAAUGACUCUGCCAGUCAAGACGAGAGUGGCGAAGAGUUGAAGAAACAAGCAGAUAUUGAGAAUGAAGUGUCUCCGAAGAAGAGGCGACGAACUAGGAAGCAAUCGGAGAUGAUGAUGGAAUCACAAGCAAAGAGAAGAAGACCACUUACAUCGGUUAAAAAGAAUAAUGGUUCUGAUAGUGAGGACAAUUCGGAUACCAUUUCUCAGCGAUCGUCAUCUUCUCGCCAUAACAGACCUUGUCAGUAUAAUUUCCUCGUGCAAUUGGAUCCCGCAAUGAAUCCCGAUCAAAGAAUAUCAAUUCUUCUUAAACAAAUCCAAGAUCUCCGAAAGACUUAUAACAUGAUUAAAGGCGAUUUGGCUAGCAUUGAUCGUCGACGUAAAAAAAUGCGACGAAGGGAACGUGAAAAGAAACAAAUGCAAUUGCAUCAGGCAGCAAUUAAAAUUAAUUCUUAAUUUGCAAGUGUUUGCUAGAGUAAGAGCUUUGUUUAAAGUUUUUUUUUUAAAUAUUUUUCUUUUUUUGUUCUUUGUUCUUAAAUAACUUUUAAAGUUAUGGGCAGAAAAUUUUUACAUAUAUUAUUAUAAUUAGAAAUAUAGAGAUAUUUUGUUAGAAAGUAAUUUAUACGUACUACAUUUACGGAAAAACAAAAACAAAACAUUUUAUUGUAUUUAAGUAUAAGCGAUUGAGGAUUAAGAUUUUAUCAUUAUAUAUAUUAUGGUAUUUACAAUUCAAGAAAUAAAAAAUUUACAUUGUGUGUGUGUAUUAGAA